AUGUAUGUGCAUAAGUUCAGCCACGUCAAGAAGCUCGUGGGUCUUCCGUGCCAGGAUGACAAGAAAAUCAAGGAGUGUGGCGAAGAGAUCGCCGAUGCCGCAAGCGACAAUGAGCCAUACUUCGAACCCGAGCAGGCUGUGCAGAUGAUGUCCACUUGGCUUGAUGCCUGCAUAGCCAAACGAGACGACGAAGUCCUCCAGGUCACAGCCACGGCGAUCCGCUGGGCCAAAGUUGAAGAUGGGUCUGAACAUCCGGGAAUGACCGAGGUGUUGAAGAAGCUGCUUAAAGCGCUCGCGGCUCCAGGCAGCAAACAUCUGGAGAACAUGUUCUUGGUGAGGGCCCAGCAGGUGAAGUGGACCGGCGAUCUGCAGAUGUACCCCGUUCUGACGGAGCUCCUCAUGCACGACAAGACAGAGGUUCUCCACGACGCCUUAGAGCUCAUCACGGGAUGUGGCUUCGUACAGCUCAUGGAGCUUUCGGACGAGGAGGCUGCUGCCGUCUUGAAGAUGACCCUGGAGCUGGCAAAGCAUGUGAAGCAGCUGGUCAAAGGCUACAAGCCAGGAGACAUGACCAUCUCAAAGCACUUGGCGCAGAAGCUCACUUACUUAAAAGGGCUUCUACAAGCAGCCAACAUCUUCUGUGCAAUGCUGGUGAUGAACACAGGUUUUCCCAAAGCUUCGGCCGCAAUUGCUGCUCCCUCCCUCAUCCUCGAGCUCAAAGAUGCCCUCAGCGAGCUGAAGCCCAAGCCGAAGGAACAGGAUCUCAAGCAGCAGCUCAGCGAAUCCUUGGAUGCCUGCCAGAACCUCAUCGCUAGCAUGCCGAAACCUGCGGCCGGGUCAUCCUCCGACCCAGCUGGAGAUGCCAAGUCCUACCUCAAAGGCCUCGGCUCGGCAAGUGACACCAAAACGCUGGAAGGCACGCUGAAAAUGAUGAUGAGCAACACCGACCCCAAGUUCCUGGAUGUUGUGCUAGCCAAAGACAGUCUUCAAUCUGUCAUGGCCACGUUUAAGAAGGUGAAGAAGACGGAGAUGGACAGCAUUUACCUGACAUUUCAAGCCUUCCUCUCCUUCGCUGUCCAGAACCGUCCUGCUGCCCUGGAUCCCGUUGCCGAGGAGAUGAUCCAACUCUACAUGGCCGGACCCGUGGGCUUUGCAACCCCCAAGACCUUCGUCGAUGCCUGCACGGAGAAGUCACCCGCUCUGGCGAAAAGGAUCUGGGCUAAGGUUGACAUGUGGAGCAAGUCAGUGAAGGACUCCAAGGGCGGGCCCAUGUACGAAGCAAACCUCUACCAGAUGGCCAGCGCACUCGAGAGCAUGCCUCGAGUGCUGGAAGGCGCUGAGCUGAAGGCCUUAGCUGGGAAGGUGAAGGACACGGCUGAGCUUGGAAAGGGGACGUCCAUGGACAGUGCCUUGAAAUGCUCCGCGCUGGUCAGCUUGAAAGCCUUGGUGAUCAAGGACAAGGCCCGGUUGCCGAGCAACGUGCUCCGUUGGGUGCAAGAGCUGAAAGAAGGAGAUGGCUCAGCGCGGGAGAUGGCAACAAGUCUGAUCGAUGCCUAUGAGGGCCGGUCCCUGGAGGGGGCUUACGAGCAGAUUGCGGACAUGAACUCCAGAUUCAAGGAGGCUUGCGGAGAUAUGGAAAGCCUCAAGAAAUAUGUCGACGACAAUAUGUCAGAGAUGAAGGAUUUCAUCAGCACUGUGGCCAAGAAGCUGCCGAUGCCAGUGAGAUUUUCGUCUGAGCCGAGGUACGUGGUGAAGAAAGCCAUGCUGCUGCACUUCAAGUGCGAAGCCCCUACCGCCACCCGUUUCUGUGUGCUGCCGGGCAGCACAUUCACGACAGAAACCAUGGAGUGGUCGCGCUGGCUGAAGAUGGGACUGUCUGCAGCGAAGCUUGGAAAGUCGAUUUUGUCGGCUGAUGCUAUUGCCGAUGUGCCCGGAGUUGUGGAUCAGGUGAAGGGCCUUUUCAGUCUCUAUAACAAGGACGAGGGCGAGGACUUCAUGACAUUUAUCUCGGAGCCUUUUCUGACGUCACAGGAGCAGGACAAGCUCCUGAACCAGUUGCGCGCAGCGAGCUAUUUCGAGAACUUCCGGUACGACAGUCAGACUGCCUCGUGGUUUUGCGCGAACUGCCACGCGAUUUACACCAAGGCCGGCUCGAAGCGAACUGCGGAAGGAUUGGAAGAAGCAGCGAGCCACCCUGACCUUGAGAUUCCCUUCCCGGACCUGCGCUUCGAAAGCGGCGGUGGCGGUCUCGAGGGCCUCGAGGAUCGUGCGAGGAACGCCGCAGGCGCGGCUCUGGAGGUCAAGAAGACCACGGCGGCCUGCUGCACGCUCUUCGGCUUCAGCCUCUGUGAGACGGAAACAGGAGACAAGGACGAGAUCAAAACUUAG